CGGAAAGUUGAGCCGCCUCAACACUAACUUUACAGCUGAACAGGAAACGAUGCACUGAGCCUGUUUGUCUCUGAAUAACCUACGACGCGUUUACGUGUAGGCCUAUAGUGUGUGUUUGUGUGUGUGUGUGUGUGUGUGUGCGUGCGUGUGUGUGUGUUUUACAGCUGAGGACACGGAAGAUAAACAAAGGUGAAGGUUUACACCAAUAAUAACCGAUGAGACAGAGAUGCACAGAUGUUACAGUGGACUGGAUUGGCUGAGGCGGGAAGAAGAGCCAGACGGAGGGCUGGCUGCGGAGUGAGAGCCACGGUAUUUCCAUUGGAAACUUGUCCACUUGAAGUGACGCUUAAACCGAUCGAGUAGCUUCGCUUCACACGCUUGGAUUCUAUCUCGGAGUGAGCCGCAUUUACAGAUAAAAAAAAAAAAAAAACAAAACUGGAAGUUCUGCAAGACCCUGGCAGCAGGAGAGCAGGGAGAGAGCCGGGGUGUGUUCUGUCUGGAGUUUUUAAAAAUCCCAAACUUUUAAUGCUGGGUUGAACUGUCUGUUUUUUUUGUUUUUUUUAAUUCUUCUCUGAAGUGAAAGGAGAGGCAGAGAAAGUUGGGUGAAUGCCCAGCGCCACCAUGCAGGGGAACGGUGGAGUAUACGCAGUGAAGAAGAGGAAGAAGCCCGUUCAGAAAGUUGCGAAGCCUCCACCGUUGAAGACCAAUCCGUCCAAACGGCACCGGGACCGCCUGAAUGUAGAGCUGGACCAUCUGACCAGCCUGCUGCCUUUCUCUGAGGAGGUCAGAGGUCGCCUGGACAAACUGUCUGUGCUCCGGCUCAGUGUGGGAUACCUCAAGGUUAAGAGUUACUUCCACGUGGCACUGCAGAGAAAUGGAACGUUUGCUCGUGUCGCCUCUGCAAACGGCAGGAAUGGACAGUCCGUGUCCCUGGAUGGAGUCAGUUUCUCAGAGGGAGAACUCCUGCUCCAGGCUUUGAAUGGUUUUGUGUUGGUUGUGACGACCGAUGGCACCAUCUUCUACACAUCCCCGACGACCCACGACUUCCUGGGCUUCCAUCAGUCGGACGUCGUCCACCAGAGUGUGUACGACCUCAUCCACAUGGACGACAGAGAGAUGUUCAGAUGUCAGCUUCACUUCGCCCUCAACCCCAGCAAGUCCGACACAGACAUGAGAGCAGAAGAUGGGCAGUGUAGCAGUAAAACUCUGAGCAGCUCUCAGAGCUUCUUGCCUCAGUACCUCCCUCCAGAGAACUCCUCUUUCUUGGAAAGAAGCUUCUGCUGUCGCCUUCGCUGCCUCCUGGACAACACCUCUGGAUUCCUGGCUCUGAACUUCACUGGGCGUCUGAAGUACCUGCAUUUACAGGGAACUGCUGGGGCUGAUGGUACUGUGGCUCCUCCUCAGCUGGCUCUGUUCGCCAUUGCCACACCUGUACAGUCUCCUUCAGUAACGGAGAUCCGCACCAAGACCCUCAUCUUUCAGACCAAACACCGAAUGGACUUUGCUCCUGUGGGCAUAGACACCAGGGGGAAGCUGGUUUUGGGUUAUACAGAGGUAGAGCUGGUCACAACAGGCUCUGGUUAUCAGUUCAUCCAUGCUGCUGACAUGAUGUACUGCGCAGACAACCACCUCAAGAUGAUUAAAACCGGAGACAGUGGCUUCACAUUCUUCAGGCUGCUGACUAAAACAGGACACUGGUUGUGGGUUCAGGCCUCUGCCAGGAUAGUCUUCAAGGAAGGGAGGCCAGACUUCAUCAUUGCUCGUCAGAAAGCUCUCACAAAUGAAGAAGGAGAGGAACAUUUGCGCCAGAGAAGGCAGCAGCUCCCUUUCAGUGUUGCCACCGGUGAAGGUGUCUUGUACGACGUUUCUCUGGAUGUUUUCUCCAUCUCGGGUCCUUCUGGCCCUGCUGAGUCUACAACAGAGAAACCUCUGGAUCCUGCCUCACUCCUGGGAUCCCUUCGCCGGCAGGACCACUCUCUUUACACCCAGCCAGAGAUGCCCAGUCCCCAGUUCCCAAUCUUCUCCCAAACAGAGGACACUGAUUGUGAACAAGCCCAAUCUGCCUUGGAACAAGCCUUCAUGGACAGCCAUGCUCUGCUCAGUGUGCCAGGUCAGAUUCAGACUUUACAGAAGAGGUAUUUGAAAGUGGACUCCACAUCUGAAGCCAUGAUGGACUCUUUGGGGCAGAUUUUGGGAGAUAUUGAGGAUGGAGGGAUAGAGGGUCUUGAGGUGGAGGAGAUGGAGCUAAAGGACUGGGAAAACACCCUCCUCAGGAUGAAUAAAGAGAAGGAAGACGCAGAGAGGGAGCUGAAUCGCACCCUGGCUAAUGAUGUGUUCUCAUAUGUGGAGGAGGCUCUGAGGAGAGAGACUGGUGGGGUUGUGGUUGAGGGUUCAGAUCAGACAGGGUGUCAUGUUUCGGGAACCAUCAACAGUUUAUCCAUUCAAGGUGAGCGUCCUGGGUUUUCAAACAAUGAGCGGCAGUCAAGGACGGACAUGACAUCUAACCAGAGUGGAUCUGGAGAACAGGCUCAGUUGGGAAAUAUUCAUGGCGAUGCUUCUAAUUCGACCGGACUGAACGCUGCUUCUCAAACGACAAGCACACAAACACCCACUCAGUGUCGUAACAGUCACCAUGCACACACCUCUUCUCUGUGGCCUCCAAGCAGCAGCAAUCACCGCUGUGGUAAUGAAAUGAUUUCAACACCAUCCUGUUUGACGCGUCAGUGUUGGCCUCCAUCUGCACCAAACCUCAACAAUACUCACAGCAGCCAUCAAUCUGGCUUGGAGGCAAUGGACCAAAGUGUAGAAUAUUCUCUAAACCACACUGGUUCACAGCAGACUUACGUGGGGCGACAGCCUCAGAUCCCUUCAGUGUGGCAACAGCAACAGCAGCUGCCACAAAGUUUUCACCAUCACACACUUUCACAUUCCUCACACACACAAAGCAGUGUGAACUCAACAGCUCAGUCAUUCCAAACGCAGCCACUAUCUGGCAGCUGCAUGUAUGAAAAAAUAGAAGGUCGCAUACCGAGUGCUGCUACUGUUUCUACCAGACAGAACAGGCUUCUCUUGGGACCAUCGCACUCCAGGGGACCCACACAUGUUGCAGGGACUACCACAAAUGGUCCGCCCUUCACCCUGUCGAAUCCAGGCAUGGCAGCUGCAGGCAUCAACCAGGGGACGAUGACCAGUCAGAGCACUCACAUGGCUGCCUGUACAGACAUGGGCAACAUCAGUUUGGGUCAUCUGAGUGGAAACGAUGCCAACGUGGGAACACUUGGAUCAGAAUAUCCUCCUGAAAAUGCAUCAUUACAGUCUUCAUUCUUCUGUUGGAACAGUGAAGCUCAGAUUCCCAAAGUUCCCCUGAGCGACGUUGUGGACCCGUUUGCCUUCCCGGCGCUUCCCACUGGGAGCAUCAACCUUUCUCAGAACACCAGACCAUAGUCACCUCUGCACUGCUCUCUGAUCAGACUGAUUUUGACCAUAUCCAAUGCUUAACUUUUUAACACAUAUUUAGUACGCGGUAUAACAGGGUUAACAGAACAGAAGAGGAUGGAGAGGGACUUCACCUCAGUGUAACUCUUCCUAACAGCUCUCUUCUGUAAACCUUUAUAUCUGCUUCAUCUUAAUAUCCAUCUAUAUGCAGUUCGAUCAGUGUGGUUAUUUGAGUGGAGUUUUUGUAGACAGCUGCGGUCAUAACGUCUUGUCCAUCAUUCAGCAUUUCCCUCAUUAGUCCUAAGAAAACACAUUGUGUCUCUGAAGUCUUCUUUUCAUAUUCUAAGACAAAUCAGCUCCAUUACAUCAGUUCCUAUUGCAAAAUGAAACCUUUUGAACAAGGUUAAACAAAGAUUACUUUGUGAGCACCUGUACUUUUCAUGUUAUCACAGCAACCUUGUCUCCUAGAUAGUACAGUCAUAUAUCACUUGUUUACUUUGUGGUGACAACUGUAAUCACUGGGCUGGAUUUCUGUUCAGAGUCAUUGUUGUUUUUUUUAAUGUUGAUAGAAAAUCUAGUGGGCAUUUCAUUUCUGUUGAAAAUUCGUUUUAUGUAAAUGCAGUUUCUAGCAGGCAGGUGUCUCAGCUAACCUCACUAACCUGGACUCACCUCUCCUGUUGAGCUGUGACCAGCCCACAAAUGUCUAAGGCUUAUGGGAAAUGGUGUCCACUGAAGGCUGCUAAAACAUAAAUAUUGAAUAGAGAAUUAUAUUAGAUAACUUUUCAAAAGUUGCACAACAUACUGUUGAGAAAGACUCUGUUCUAAAGCUGGAUUCUUAUUUAUUAGUGUUGUUCCAAAUCUGAUUUUGACUGAGGUUUUCCUCUGGAUCAGAACCUGGAAGUCCAGGUUUCACUUUGGACUCUAUAUCAGGCCUUGGACCUCAUAGUAUCAUCCAUUCUUUUUUAUUUGGCUUUAAAAGCAAAGAAAAUGUUUGAUAUUUUAUCAAAGUGAAAGCAGCUUUUUGUUAUUGGUAAAUCCAACUGAAGAUGUUUUUUUUUUUUUUUUUUUUUUUUUUAAAUCAGGUGGUUUAGAUUUUUCCCAGCUGUGAAACUAAAGAGUGAAAUGUAGGAACUUAUCUUUUCCCAACACUAACGCAGACUUGUUGGGAAGAAUUGUGAACAGUUACCUUUAGACUUGCCAAUUAUCUGGCAACUUUAGAAGAACUGUAAAGUGUAAACUGUAAAGAACUUUGUAUUGAAUCACCAUGUGAGACAUGAAACCCACAUCUACAGUGUUAUAAUACUGUAAAAUAUAUUAGACGUGAGCACUUUCUCACCCUUCAGUACCAUUGAUGUGCCCUUGGGCAAGAUGCUUAAAUCCAACAGUAAAAUUCACCACAAAUUUUUGCACAAAUUAGUAGUAUGGAAACAUUCAAUAAAUGGUCACUAACAUAGUGUAAUGUAGUUGUACACAGAUGCAAGGACUUUUCUUAUGAAGCAUCUGUAACUGGUGUUUUGGUGUUUUAUUGAAUGAUUGAUGAUACAAUAUAACACUGCUGUAAACAUCUGUGACUUGAUUUUAUACGUUGUUGUAGAACAUGAGAGCAUGUUGACCUUUAAUGAUUUCAUUCUUGCAAAAAUUGUAAUGAAUAAAUACCUCAUAUAAUAUAUACGAUAUAAGGAUAUAUAUUUUAUGUUUUAACUGUUUCAUAUUUUAACAUAAACUGUUAACACACCAGUUACUGAUGCUUCACAGUUGGAAUAUCGAUUGUUGACAAUUUCUUACACUGAUAAACACUUGUCCUUAUAUCUGUUCACAACUACAUUAUACUGUCUUAUAAAACAUUUGUUAACUAUUACUACACUGCUUGCGAAUGCUUAAUUAUUUUUAAAUUUGGCAUUAAAUUAUUGAGCCUGUUAAAUUUUGUAUAAUAUAAUGGAUUCAUUGAACCAGUAAUAAGGCAUUAUACCUAAUGUUUUCACCUCAUGUUUUCACUCUGGAUAUGCUUACUGUGAACACAUCUAAAUGAGGCAGUGUGACUCAGACCUGUAAAAACCUUCUGUAUAUUUUCUCGUUGAAUCAUGUAUCCAUCUGAGCUGUAUCAAAGAAGAACUGUCUUUUGUUUGUCUUGUCAAGUCAUAUUCAAAAAGGAAAACAUGCGCAUUUUUUUUUUUUUUUUUACCUGUAGGAGAUUAUUACCAUAUUAUCCUGUCUCUGUAAUUAUAUGUAAUGUUACACUGUAGCUGCUUUGUAUUCCUUGUGUAUAAAAUAUAACCACUGGGGACAAGUCUAAUUUAUUUUUGCCAUUAAAGAAUUGUAACCCC